AUGACGACGACGACGACGCGAUGUUUUUUUACGAAGAAAUCUACCUCGUUUUCGUCGUCGAAAUCGUUCAAGAAGAGGCUCGCGAGACGAGACAGAAGAAGCAGAGGAGGAAGAGAAGGAGCGAUCGUUAUUCGAAGCGCUGCGGUGGAAGGAAGAGACGAUUCAGACGACGACGACGAGUUUUCUUCGAAUUCUUCCUCUUGGACGACACAGGACAGACAACAACAACAACAACAACAACAGAGACCGCGCAAGUCGUACAGUUCGAAAGCCAAUACGAAUCGCGAUAUCGCGUUGGCGAAGGCGUUGACUAAAAAUAAUCAAUCCUCUUUUGCCGCUGGCGGGAGAAGGAGAGAGAGAGAUGCGAGUUACGACGAGAUGGAUUUGAAAGCGGCGUUGAGAUUGUUGAAAGCGUCGCCGCCGCCGCCGCCGGCGAGAAGAAGGACGACGACGAGAAGCAGCGGCGGGAGCGGUGGCGCGGUGGAAGAGAAGAAGAAAGCGCUGACGAGCGAGCAACCGAGGAAGAAAACGUUGUCGGUGUCGGAUGUCGUCGUCGGGAACGAGGAGAACGACGAGGAGGCGAAGACGAAGCGAAGACAGCGAAGACGUAGGAAAAGUUCGGGCGUUCGAAACGAAGGUUUAGCAGUGAUAAAUAAUAGCAAGGAUGGUAAAAAGAAGAAAGAAGGAAGCGGCGACGAAAGCAGCGAGAAGGAUUCGCUCGAUGGUGUUUUGUUGGACGCGCAAUCCGAAAAGGCGUUGGGCGAAGCCGUGAAGGAGUUGUUGAGAUUGGAAUACAUCGCUAAAGCGCUGGACGACGAAGAGUUUACCAUGCGAACGAGAGACGAGGAGAUGGACGCGAGGGACGAGGAGAAUCCAAUGGCAACCUCGGAUGCUAUUUUGAGCAUUUUUGAUGCGAAACCGAAAAACGCGAUGGAGAUGAUAAAAAACGACGGUAGCGGUAAAAAUAGGAGUAAACGGAUGAAAGCCGAGGAGGAUAUCAUGUACGAACGGAAAUUCGCUCGAGCCGCGGAAUUGAACGUGAACGAACUUCGCAAACGAUUAGACGCCGGGAAACGCGCUCGACAAAUUUUAGUCUCUAAAAACAUCGGCUUAGCUCGACUGUGCGCGCACAGAACGAUGAAACAGAUAAACACCGAGGCGAAUACGAACUUUUCGUACCAACUUUCAGAUAUGAUUUCUGACGGGCAAGAAGGGUUAGUCAAAGCUGCAUCGAAGUACGAUCCGUCUUUAGGUUUCCGAUUUUCCACGUACGCGUACGCGUGGGUUUUGAGUAGCAUUCAAAGAGGUUUAGAUUCCAACUCGAACACGAUUCGAACGCCGACGCAUGCGCGAGUGGAGAAAAUGAAGAUUAAAAAUUUAGAGAAAAAUUUGGACGAAUCGUUGGGACGAAUGCCCACGGACGAGGAAGUUGCACGAAUAGCAGGCGUAGACGUGAAGAGAAUAGAAGCGAUUGGUAACUUCGGGGUGAGUUACGCCAUGCCACGCGCGACUGGGAGCGGAAACUUUUCCGGCGACAUUGGCGACGCGUCGGAGAUUUUGGUCGCCGAUCAAGGCGAUGCAAACGGGGCGACGGCAAUGGCAGAUUUUUGUACAACAGAUGCAGAAGAACGAGCGUUGAAACUUGUCGAACGCGAUUUAUUUAAAGACGAUUUAGAGCACGUGUUUGAUACGUUGCUUCCUCGCGAAAGGUUUGUUUUACGUCACAAAUUUGGUUUAGACGAAUUCGAAGACGAACGCUCAGGACGAGGAAAUCCAAUGGCGAACAUUUUAGCGAGAAAAAUGGGUUUGAGUGUUAACGCCGUUCGAUCGAUUGAACAACGCGCGUUGGAGAAACUUCGCGCGCCGCAACGUGCGAGGAUAUUAGAAAAGCACGCCAUCUUACCCGAAGCUAACUUUACGUUUUCAUCGAAUCCGUUGCGCGUGGACGACCGACCAAUCACCGGUGGCGUCCACGCUACAAACGCGAAGAAGAAAUCGGUUGAAGAGGAAAUUUCGGAUAUUAUACUAGAACGAGUAGAAGUUACGCUUAAAAGUGAAGACGUCGAAAAGAUUGCGCAAAGCAGCGUUCGAAACACGACCUGGUCUUCGUACGAGUUGAAGUUAAUGAGCGACAUGCGAGGGAAGGGAAUCCCUUGGAAGAAAGUCGCCGUCGCCAUCGGUCGCACGGAAACGAGUUGCAAGCAAAUGUACCGCAAAGUAGGAGGGUCCACGCGAAAGCACACGCCUUCGAUGGACGAAAAAACUAAAGCCGCGAUGCAGAAGAUAGAAGAAGGCGAUGCCAUUAUAAACGCCUAA